GGUUGCUGUUUGUGGUGCUGAAACGACGCCCGUGCCUCUCCUCCGGUGCUGGUUCCUGCAGCGUGCUGCUUCAGAACCGUGCAGACAUGCUGUUUUAGCGCACGGUUCGGCAUGGAUUAGUUGGGGCCGGAGGAGCGGUAUGGCUUCACCGUGGCGUCCCGUCCUGCUGGCUGCUCUGGCGGCCAGCCUCUGCUCCUCACCUGCCCUCGGAAGCAGAAAAUUCGGUUGUCUGUUUGAAGAUGAGCUCUGUGCUCCACAAGAGUUCUGCGUCAACGAUGGAGUGUUCGGACAGUGCCAGGAGCUGGCUGGUGCAGACUUGUACACGUACGAUAUUUCUUCCUCUGCUCUGCAACGCCUCAGGAUGAUCCUACAGAAACUGGCUUAUAGAGUGAGGCUGCACAAGCCUGCUUAUCCAACAGCUCCUGACAUUGUGCGGGUGGCAGAAAGAAGAGGGGGUGGGGUGAGGGAGUUUGAGAUGUGGGAGGAAGGUUGGGGUGGUAUAUGGGGAGGUGGGGUGGAAAGGUCUCUCACCAAUGACCGGGCCUCGGACCUGAUGGAGAAGCUGGCCAAAAGGCUGAACCUUCACGCUUCAGAUCUCACCCAGCUCUCCGUCCUGGGUCCCGCGCUGACGUUCAGAGUCGGUUCAAACCCUAAGAACGUGACCACUGCAGAUCUCGUUCAAGUUGCAGUCCAGCAGAAGCAGCAGUUGGAGAAGGAGACAGGCCUGAAGAUUGUGGAGGCUGGAGUGAGCGAUAGGGGCAGCCUGACCCAGAUCCCAGUGGUGAAGGAGACCCGGGUGGAGUCGGGCCAGUUCCUGCUGCUCUCCAUCCUCUGCAUGCUCUUCAUCCUGGUGGUGCUGGCCGUGUCCGCGACUUUCUUCUGCGUUCGCCAGCGCUCACACCUCCACAUGAAGGAGAAGCUGGCCAGCCUGGGGACUGACACCAGCACUGACGCCACCGCAGCCUAUCAGGAGCUGUGUCGCCAGCGUAUGGCGAUCAGAACUUCGGAGCGCGUCGAGCGCCCGGAGACCCUGCGCCACUCACGCCUCAACAGCGUGUCGUCGCAGUUCAGCGAUGGCCCCAUCGCCAGCCCGUCGGCGCGCAGCAGCACCUCCUCCUGGUGCGAGGAGCCCGUCCCGUCCAACAUGGACAUCUCCACCGGUCACAUGAUCCUGUCAUACAUGGAGGACCACUUGAAGAACAAGAACCGUCUGGAGCGUGAGUGGGAGGCGAUGUGCUCCUACCAGGCCGAGCCCAGCACCUGCAGCGUUGGCCACGGCGAGCAGAACUCCAAGAGGAACCGCUCCGACGCUGUGGUCGUAUAUGAUCAUUCUCGGAUCACCUUGAAAGCAGAGAAUAACCACGUCAACUCUGAUUACAUCAAUGCAAGUCCAAUCAUGGACCACGAUCCUCGCAAUCCCACCUACAUCGCCUCUCAAGGCCCUCUUGCUUCCACUGUGGCAGAUUUCUGGCAGAUGGUGUGGGAGAGUGGCUGCGUCGUCGUCGUCAUGCUGACACCUCUGUCAGAAAACGGAGUGAAGCAGUGCCACCACUACUGGCCUGAUGAAGGAUCAGAUGUCUACCACGUAUAUGAGGUCAAUUUGGUGUCCGAGCACAUCUGGUGUGAGGACUUCCUGGUGCGGAGCUUCUACUUGAAAAACCUGCAGACCAACGAGACUCGCACCGUCACCCAGUUCCACUUCCUGUCCUGGAUGGACCGUGGUAUCCCCAGCUCAGCCAGGACCUUGUUAGACUUCCGCAGAAAGGUCAACAAGUGCUACCGGGGCCGAUCUUGCCCGAUCAUUGUUCACUGCAGUGACGGAGCUGGCAGGACCGGGACUUACAUUCUGAUUGACAUGGUCCUCAAUAGGAUGGCUAAAGGUGCUAAAGAGAUUGAUAUUGCCGCUACCCUGGAGCACUUGAGAGACCAGAGAGCUGGCUUGGUCCAGACAAAGGAGCAGUUUGAGUUUGCUCUGACAGCUGUGGCCGAGGAGGUGAAUGCCAUCCUGAAAGCGCUUCCUCAGUGAAAGGCUUCACGCGUCUUAUUUUUUCUUCGCCAAGCACUGGUCUUUCAGUCUCAACCUCCUCUUCACCCUCAGAUGUUCUUGUAUCUCGAAUGUUGUGCCGGGUAGCUCGUCUGGAUUCAUAUUCACUAAUUUCAGAGUGCGAGAGAUUACAUUUUAGUAUUUUAGGAUGACAAAACAAACAAAUGUGAACCCAUGCUCCUCUGUGCAGUGUUGUUGUUCCUGAACAUGCAGUGCCACUGAUGACUUGUUUCUGUAGCUUCAAGUGGAGAUUCCUGUUGCAAAAUGAGCUGUCACCUGCAAAAAACUCAUUCAUUGAUGAUUGCGUUGAUUUAUUUUUGUCUGAUUCAGUUUUAAUUUGGAGAUAUGCUGAUUGUUUUUUCAUUUUAUUUAUUUAUUUUUUCUUGAGCCAAUCCGAUUUUCAAUGUUUGUAAAGCUCUGUCCUGCCAGUUCUGAUACUGGUUGAUUCCAAUUUUUCUUCAAGACUUAAAAAAAAACAAUCAGUUUUUUGAAUGAAUAAAAAUGAAUUAAAUGAAUGACAAAAAC